CCUUCCGGGACGCUGCCGCCGCUGCCGCCGCUGUCCACGGUGGCGCUACCGGCCACGACGCCGGCGCCCUCCUUCGACACCUCGGACAUCCCCACCACCGUGACGGCGCGCCCCGGCCAGACGGUGUUCCUGCCCUGCAGGGUCAAGAACCGCGGCGACAACGUGGUACUGUGGAUGCGCACCUGGCCCAUCCAGGUGCUGACCCACGGUGAGAUGGUGUUCGCGUCCUCGCUGCGCUUCUCCGUCUGGCACGGCGGCGGCGGCGACGCCUGGACCCUCAAGCUGACGGGCGCGCGGCCGGAGGACUCGGGCCGCUACGAGUGCCAGGUCAACACGGACCCCAAGAUGAGCCUGGGCAUCGCGCUGCAGGUUGCAGAGGACAUCCAGGACUUCCCCAGCGACCAGCAACACGUGGACGCCCCGGCGCCGACCCCAGACGACGGCAGCGCCAUGCUGGCCGGGCCGCGGCUCGUCAACCGGGGCACCACCGUCACCUUCAACUGCGUGGCGGACGCCCCCGCGCCCGGCGACGCGGCCGCCGCCAACGCCGCCACCGUCGAGUGGCUCUACAACGGGCAGCUCAUGAACGUGCAGUCCGGCCGCGGCGGCAUCAGCGUGGAGACGGAGCGCGACGACCAGAAGAUCCGCAGCCGGCUGACGGUGGCCUCCGUGUCGGCCUCCGACGCGGGGACCUACACGUGCGCGCCGGCCGGGGCGCGCCCCGACUCCAUCCUGCUCAUGGUCGGCGACGGCGAGCGCACCGAGGCCAUGCACCGCGGUGCCUGCCCCCGGCCGGCCGCCUCCCAGGCCCUCGCCGUCGUCGCCGUGCUCGCCACAUUCCUGUCGUGGCGGCUCCGCGCGUGUUGACGACAGCCGCACGCGUGGUUCGGCAAGUGAACGGGCCCAAGACUGUCAAGUGACAUUGGACACUAUUGGCAACAUGGUUGGCGUUGGCCUCUGUGAAGUGUUGUUAGGUUCUCACACUCAAAGAUAACGUAAUAUGAAGUGUGACACUGUAUUUCGAAUCAUUCCUGUCUUUUAUGGGGCUUUCUUUUUCUGUUGCGUUGGUGCAGAUGUGUUUUUAUUCGAGUGCGCAGAGUGAUAGUGAAAACAAUGGCUUUACCAUGCGAUUUUGUUAUGUGAUACGUAUAUAUUGUUUCUUGUGCCACGGCAAAAAAAUAUCUGUACAUUGAAGAUGAUGUUUUGCAUGAAACUGCAGUAAUAUACACUGUGUGAAUGGGGCAACGUAGGAUGUGUACGUAUACUUUGCCUUUAUUUAUAUUAAGAUAAGUUGUAUUUACAUGAUAUUUUAAUGAUCAACAAUAUUUUGUUUCUACGCACACAUUUUCUAGUACUCUUUUGAAGAACCAACGAUUUGUUUCUUACCAUUUUUAUGUUUGAUGAUGUACAUACUAUACUAAGGUAAACAGGAGCAAAUCAAGUAAUCUAAUUCUUACCCAAUUUUUGACAAACCUAGUUUAAACCAUACUUGACCUAUUGUAUAUGACAGACAAAUUGCUUUGAAAGUCAAAAGAACAAGGAGCAGAUCAUAAGACCAACCUAUUUUUGACCGUUAUGAAAUAGAAAAUUAAAUAAAAAUGUAAAAUAAAAAUAUUUGCAUUUUGGACCAAUUUUUUUUUA